AUGGUAGAAACAUCUUCUGUUGCAAAGGAUUUUCCCUACUUUGAAAGUCUCCCAAAUUCCCUUUUUCAGGAUAAUAGAGCAAGAUUCAUCAAGAAUGUGAAAGCUAAGUUAGGAGAGAGUCUAGCACCAAACGGAGUAGCACUUUUCAAGGGUUACACUGAGAUUUUGAAGUACAAUUCUGAUUGUCCUUACCCAUUUGUACAAGAGGGAAACUUCUACUACUUAUUUGGAGUUAAUCUACCUGAUUGCUAUGGAAUAAUUGACUUUAAGAAUGAGGAGGCGACUCUCUUUAUUCCUAAGCUUGAAAAUAUCUACAAAAUAUGGAUGACUGUUCCAACUGUAGAGUUUUGCGAGAAAAGAUUUGAUAUUAAAACUAGAUAUAUUGAAGAUCUCCCUUCAUACCUGGCAGAGAAAUCACCUGAAAAAAUUUAUAUUAACUCAGGAAUAAAUACAGACUCAGGAGUGGCUAAUCUCUUGCCUGAAGAAAAACACUAUCUUGGCUAUGGCUUGGAUAAAGAUUCAAUUUACAAUAUUUUGGCAGAUACUAGAGUGUACAAAUCAGAAGCUGAAAUUGAUGCAUUGAGAUGGGCAACUGUAAUUACAGUUGAAGGGCAUGUCUAAUUCAUGAGAAAAUGCAAGCCAGGUAUGAGAGAGUCUUAGAUUGAGACUUUGUUUAAGUCAUACUGUGAGUAUAACUAUUAUUGCGACAGAAUUUCACCUUACAUUGCAAUUUGCGGGUGUGGCAAUGGAGCAGCAACCUUACAUUACAAUGAUAAUGAUAAGAUCUUAAAGGAUGGAGAGACUAUUCUUUGUGACCUAGCUCAUGCUGUGCACCACUACACUUCAGAUAUUACUUCUUCAUUCCCAGUGAAUGGCAAGUUCACUCAGAAAUAGAGAGAAAUAUAUGAAAUUGUUCUCAAAGCAAGUCGUGAAGUACAGAGCAUAAUGAAACCAGGAGCUUCAUGGGUAGAUAUGCACUUGCUUGCAGAAAGAAUAAUUCUUACAGGACUGAGAGAUCUUGGCUUAGUAUCAGGAGACAUAGAGGAAAUGAUUGAAGGAAGAGUUGGCUAUAUCUUUAUGCCACAUGGUUUGGGCCAUUUGAUUGGGGUAGAAGUUCAUGAAGUCGGAGGAUAUUUGGAAGGUAUUACUCCUGAGAGAAGACAAGGUCCAGGCUUGAAAAAUUUAAGAACUGCAAGAGUACUUGACAAUGGCAUUACCAUAACAGUAGAGCCAGGUCUUUACUUUAGAGAUUUUUUGCUUGAUGGAGAAUUUGGAGAUGACUUAAAGAUAGAUAUCAAAUACCUUAACAGAGAAAAAAUUAGAGAGUAUUAACAAGAGAUAAGUGGAGUCAGAAUAGAGGAUGUAGUAUUAGUGACUCAAGAUGGAAUUGAGAAUUUCAGCUCAGGGCUGCCUAGAACUGUUGAGGAGAUAGAGGCAUGCAUGAGAGGUGAAGAAUGGAGAAAAUGA